AUGUACCUGUUAACCUCCUGUUCCAACCUAACAACACCUCAGACUGUUUUUUCAUGUACCUGUUACUCCUGUUUUAACAACACCUCAGACUGUUUUUACCCGUUCAAACCUAACAACACCUCAGACUGUUUUCAUGUACUUGUUACCCUAACGUUCCAACCUAACAACACCUCAGACUGUUUUCAUGUACUUGUUACCCUCCCGUUCCAACCUAACAACACCUCAGACUGUUUUCAUAUACUUAUUACCCUCCCGUGCCAACCUAACAACACCUCAGACUGUUUUCAUGUACUUGUUACCUCCUGUUCCAACCUAACAACACCUCAGACUGUUUUCAUGUACUUGUUACCCUCCCGUUCCAACCUAACAACACCUCAGACUGUUUUCAUGUACUUGUUACCCUCCCGUUCCAACCUAACAACACCUCAGACUGUUUUCAUGUACCUGUUACCCUCCCGUUCCAACCUAACAACACCUCAGACUUGUGGCCCCUCCGUUCCAACCUAA